AUGGACGUAUUUUCGCCGCGGAGGCCAGGCGAUGUCCAGAUGCUGGAGUAUUGCAGGGGGCGGCGCAUGGUAACGGGGGAGACGAAGCUGAAGAAGUUCUGCUGCACAGUACCGCAAGGACAGGUACGCAGGCUGGAUUAUGGAGAGCAGAACCAAGCCUCCGAGGAGAGCCCAGAGGAUAGCAGCAUUCCAGUUCAUGAUGCCCCACAGCAACAGGGUGACCGGGAAGCUAGCAGUUAG